AUGGUUCUUCUCAUUCAUCCGCAUUCACCCAUCCUGCAACUGGAAUUUCACAAACCUGAUAUCAUUGUUAAAGUCGACCACCCAAGAUUAUUUGCUUCACGCCAUGAUUGGACUCUCCUUCCAGGCUCCAUCGCUGCUGAUCCAUAUCUUUUCAGCUGGAAUCGGACUAUAUUUGAGAGAGCCUCUGAGUUUUAUGUCUUACCACCAGCAAAUUACACCAUAGAUGGAGGACUUGUAGGAAAUGGUGUCCUCGAUGUGGCCCGAAGCGUCCAACUCCGAAUCAAGCAUUGGGCGUAUGCCUACCAGUUGUCACAUGAUUCCAAGUGGGUUGACCGGGCCUGGAUGGAGAUUGUAGUUGCAUCGGGGAAUUCGACGCAUUACUUCGGAGAAGACGGAGAUAACUGGAAUUCCCAGCACUGGUUAGAUGUCGGCGAGUUCAUCACUGCUUUUGCUUUUGCAUAUGACUGGCUGUAUGAUGCGUGGAAUUCGACGCAGCGCGAUUCUAUUAAGUGGUCAAUAGUCACGCUUGGGCUACAGAAGGGCAUUGAGGCAUACAAGGAAAAAGCUUGGUUUUUCUCAGUCAAUGGAAACUGGAAUUGCGUGACGAAUGCAGGCAUGAUUCUGGGUUCACUUGCAAUGUAUCAUGAAGACUUGACAGGGACCGCCGCCGAACUCCUUUCAUUAGCCAUUCCCAACGCACAGGAAAACUGCGCUCAUGCUAUUUUGCCUGAUGGUUCAUGGUCUGAGACGCCAGAUUAUUGGUAUUUUGGAACUCAAUCACAUGCACAGAUGGCGUCCGCCCUUCUAACUUCUACGGGAAGCACUCAAAGGGUGCUUACAAUCAAUCCCGCGUGGGAGAAAACCGGGCUGUACCAUAUUUAUGCAUCUGGAAUGACAGAGAAGUUCAACUUUGGUGAUUGUGGUCCAAAGAAGAUCACAGCUACAGCAAAUUCUCUCCUCUUCUACGGAGAUCACUUCAACAUUCCUGAGUAUACUCUCUUCCAACGAGAUCGCCCAGACUCGCCAGAUCCACUGAGUAUGUUUUGGUACAACCCAAAAACAACGGGUAAAUGGUUCUUGAGUCCACCAUUAGAUCAUAGCUUCUCCACACCAAGUUCUGCCUGGGUUUCCAUGAGAUCUUCAUGGACGAACACAAAUGGAAUAUAUAUCGCAAUGAAAGCUGGAACAGCAGUAGGGCACCAAGCACAUAGCAAUAUCGAUGCGGGAGACUUCGUCCUCGACGCGCUAGGAGAACGCUGGGCAGUGGAGCUGUGUCAAAAUAACUACCUAUCUCCAAAUUACUUUUCUAGCGAUGCACAAGAGAGUGAUCGGUGGCUCUAUUAUCGUUGCCGUACGGAAGGUCAGAACACGAUCUUGUACAAUAAUUCAAAUCAGGUGGUUGAUGCCGUUCCUGGCAUUACCUUUGCCAGUACCAACGACGUCCAAGCAUCCUUUGGCCACCCACACAACAGCCGCACGAGUACUUACUGGAUAACAGACCUUACCAAUGUAUAUGGAGGUGUAUCAAUCAAGCGUGGCUUACGAAUCCUAGAUCGACGCAGGCAGGUUCUUAUUCAAGACGAGAUUGAGAACGCAACAGAGAAAAGUCAGUGGAGGAUGCAUACCCGUGCAUCCAUACAGUUCAGCGCAGACAACCGAGUAGCUCAUCUCACGUUAAAUGGAAAAUCCAUGGUUGUGAUAUUACAGUCACCUCUAACGGCCUCAUUUCAUGUCCUGCAACCCGUUCGAUCUGUGCAUGAUCCGCCGCUUCCAAAGCAUGCAUCAGAUGAUCCAAAUAUAGGAAUUAGUGUUUUAGCAAUUGACAUCCCUGCUGGGACUCAGACUGUAGUUGUUUUAUUUUCCCCUCAGGAAGAGAACUCUCUCCAAGCCAGCGAACGUCCCACGGUUGUACCAUUAAAGCUCUGGACCUUGGACUCACACUUAGAUCUUAUCACAUCUUGA